GUAAAAGAUCAUGUCAUUAUAUUUAAAGAAACAGACACCAUCAGUUGCUCAACCUAUACCAGUUGUACAAAACAAUGGAAAUUUUACAUACAAUGACCGCCAAAUUGUUCAUCAAGUUGAAACUACUAUUCAACAUUGGCAAUUACGUAACUUGAUUUCUAGUCCUUCUUCUCAUAUUGUUGCCUUACCUCGUCAUAAUACUAUUCAAUUCUACAACACUAAAACAAAAGAAAUUGUCAAAACACUUGAUUUACCUUUUGCACCCAUGUCUAUAGAUACAAGAUAUGAUCAUGUUGCAGUUGCAGGUCCUAGAGGCUUGGCUUUGGUACGAUCCAUGGAUGAUAGUUGGUCUUCUGAUGUAUUCAACAUUGGACCAGGAAUGAAUAACGCUAUUGGAUUAUCAAAAAUCGAUCAAGAUGUUCGAGUUACUAUUUGCAAUAACGAUCAUACCAUUCACAUCUAUUCCAUUCCAUCUAUGAAACGCAUCACCGUGUUGGAAUUACCUUCUGCCGUCAAUCAUACUUCUGUUAGUAUGGAUGGAAAAUUCAUGUUGGCUACAAGUGAUACUGGUGAUGUAUAUCAAUAUUCUAUUCAUGGUGAUCAAUACGAACUAGAAUCAACAUAUAAAGUAUCCAAUGAACCAUGUUUAGGCUGUGCAUGGAAUUCUUCUUCUACUAUGUUUGCUGUUACAAGUCAGGAUGGUCAAGUUAAUGUAUUUGAUGUUGUCACUCAAAAAAAAUUGUGUCAACUAGUGUCAUCGGAGACAAGAAAAACUAGGAAGGCAGCUAGAUGCGUCGCUUUUAGCAAAGGACCAUUGGAUUUGAUGAUUUAUAGUGAACACGUGUCACAAGUGAAUAUUGUUGAUACCAGAACUUUUGAUCGUCGGCAAAUCAUUCGUUUAGCCCCAUUGGAUAUGGAUGCUCAUAUUGCUGGCAUUACUUUUUCCCCUGAUUAUCGUUCCAUUUUCGUUGCCCUGGAAGAUAAUUUGACUGAAUUGAAAUUGGAUUUAGCUAGUCGUCGUCAAUUUCCUAGUGCUACCCCACUUUCCAUCUUUUGAAAAACAACAACGAAGAAAAAAGAAAAAAGAAAAAAAAGCAUUAUUAUCAAUCUGUCAUUUUUCAAGCAUAGUAUCAUUUUCAUCUAAACAUUU